AUGGCACAUGUGCGAGGUAAAGGAGAAUAUUCUCGAGGUGUACAUAAAAUCCAGCUCAAAAUCGAAAAUUUUAAUAAUGGAUUUUUCUUUUUUGGAAUUAAUUCGAAAUCAACUCCAAUACAAAAUAAUUCCAACACUACACCAUCAUCCUACGGUUGGUUAGUUGGAGGAAACAAUGCAGUAUACCUACACGUGAACGAUAUUAUCGAGCUUGAAUUAGACUGUUAUCGCCGAUUUAUACGGAUGCAAAACCGCCGCUCUGGCCGGCAACAUGAAUUACCAAUUGAGCUUGAUAAAUGCCAGUUUCCAUGGGUACUUCAACUUAUUUUUAAUUACGGUACUCGCAUACGCAUUAUUCCAUAG